UGCUCUUGCUUUUGUUGUGGUUGCUUUUCUGUUUCCGAUCCGACGUGGAACGAUCUAUUUAUAUAUCUAUUUUGGUUUAUUUUGGAACCACAUAAUCUGUUCGUCGUAGGACAUAUAUAUGCUUAAACUUUGGCACUUUCUGUGAGGCGGUUAAACGUUUCUUCAAAGGAAGGCUGCGAAAUACCAACGUUGUGCAACGCCGGCUGGGAUUAGAGAUUUGAUAAUAGAUUGCAUCGACCAGACAGGAUAUAUAUAUAGUUUCGACAACCAAGAACAUAUAGAAAAAGGUGUCAAAAAAGAAAUGGCCAUUAUGUAACGGACCGAUUACUGCUCCAGCAUCAUUAGUACACUAGCGACACCCAAAGACCGGACAUCACCAUGGACACCCUGGUGUUUCUGACGGCGGCAGCCCAUCUGGUCUACACGCCUUUUACAAAAGUGGAGGAGAGCUUCAAUCUGCAGGCCAUGCACGACAUUCUGUAUCUGCGCAACAACUUUACGCAGUACGAUCACCAUGAUUAUCCGGGUGUGGUGCCCCGCACCUUCAUCGGACCGCUGGUGGUGUCCAUGAUCUCCGCCCCGUUCGUCCUUCUCUUUGAGACUCUGAACAUCAACAAGUUCUGGGCCCAAUAUGUAGUGCGCCUUGUCCUGGCUGCAGCCAUCUCCGUGGCCUGGAAUAAGCUGCGGCAGGCAGUGACCAAGAUUUACGGCGUAGAGGUGCGCCUGUGGUACACCGCCAUCACCAUCACGCAGUUCCACUUCAUGUUCUACAUGACAAGGCCACUGCCCAACAUAUUUGCCCUUCCCAUAGUGCUCUUUGCCAUUGCCUAUUGGCUGCGCGACCAGCACAAGCCAUUCAUCAUAUGCUCUGGCAUAGCUAUCCUCGUCUUUCGGUCUGAGUUGGCUCUAUUUUUGGGUCUCUUGCUGGUAAUCAGCCUGCUACAGCGCAAAUUCUCCAUUGAUAGGCUGCUGAAGAUUGCGCUGCCAGCAGGGGUUUGCAUUUUGGCCGCCACCGUGCUGGUGGACUCGUUCUUCUGGCGCCGCCUGCUCUGGCCCGAGGGCGAGGUGCUAUGGUACAACACCAUCCUCAACAAGAGCUCUAACUGGGGCACGUCGCCCUUUCUGUGGUACUUUUACUCGGCUCUGCCACGGGCCAUGGGCGCAUCGUUGGUGUUUGUGCCUAUCGGUGUUGCUCUGGAGCCACGUAUUCGACCACUGGCUCUGUCAGCCCUGCUCUUCGUCCUGCUCUACUCCGUUCUGCCCCACAAGGAGCUGCGGUUCAUCAUCUACGUGUUUCCAGUGCUUAACAUAGCCGCAGCUUGCGCCUGCCAGCGCAUUUGGAUGAACAGCGCCAAGUCGAACUGGCAUAGCUUCCUGGCUCUCGGCUGCGGAGCUCAUCUCCUAUUAAAUGUCUUCAUGACGGUCUUUUUGCUUGUUAUUUCGGGCACUAAUUAUCCGGGCGGAGCUGCUCUUUCCCGCUUGCAUCGCUUGGAGGCAGGCUCUCCGAACGUCUCCGUGCAUAUUUCCAAUUUGGCCGCCCAGAGCGGGGUAUCGCGCUUCAUGGAAAUACACGAUGAGUGGACCUACAGCAAAGACGAGUCCAUGAACUACACUCAAGCAGAUUUGGAGAUGUACACCCACCUUUUGGUGGAGGCCAAAAACAAGCAGAACACGGAUCUGUGGGCAUCGCUUCAAAACGAGUUUGAUACUCUGGAGUUUGUAGACUGUUUCAACAGUAUUGGCAUCCAAUACAACUCAUUGCUGCCGGUGCGAAUUAAAACAAAGCCAUGCAUUGGAAUUCUCAAAAAGCGGUGGGUUCCUCCCAAGGAAAAGACAAAAAUAAAAGAAAAAAAGACGAAACCUACACCACCUGCAGUCGAGAAAGUAACUCCUUUGCCGCCAAUGGAAGAAAUUCCAACGAAAAGAGAGGAACCGAAGAUUAAACCGAACUUUCAAGUGAAUCUAGAUGACGACGAUGGCAUUGUGGCGACUGUAGAAGAGAUGUCUUUAGAGCUAGACACGAUAAUUGAACCUGAAGCUGAGGUGGAAGCUAUUGAGACGCCCGCCAAGGAAAUAAACUUCCAGGAGCUGCGAAGCCUCGCCAUGGGUCAAGCGAACAAAAAAUCGAGAGCAGCCACCAAGAUGAAAAUACGAAACAUUAUCGAGCAGCACUACCGCGCCAAGGGAAAACAAAUCGAAACCGACUCCGCUGAACAGACUCCAAAAACCCCAGUGGCACCUAGUGGAAGACCAGGAACACGCCAGUCCGUGAAAUCUAUUAUUAAGCAGGAGAAGAUUAAGGAAAUGAUCGAGCAAAUCGCAACAAUGGACCUGACUCGCAUCUGCGAUUUGGAAAAAACAUCGACCAAGGACUGUUUGAAACAGGUCAUUGACAAAAUAGAUGAUGGCGAGGUCUUGAAACCCAAAUAACAAGGCCUAACCAAUUUGGAAGUGUUUCUAAGACUUAAGUGUUUUUAAUAAAAAUUUUUUUAAUAAA